AUGACUCCCCGCGUGGUGUUCGGUCUCGGAGAUCCCGUCACGGAUGUCCUGUGUCGUCUCUCGCGUAGCUGCGCGUGCGAAAUCCUCUCCGGGACGCGCGGCGGCUCCGAACCGAGCGCUUCGCACGCGCCCGUGGAGAUUGGCGGGUGCGUCGUCGUCACCGGUGAUGUCCUCACAAACAUCGUGCGCGCGUUACCGACGGAUGACGUGUCGACGACACCGGGCGGGAGCGCCGCGAAUGUGUUGAAAGGGCUCGCGGCGUUGGACGCGAACGCGACGUGCGCGUUGAUCGGCACAAUCGCGGACGACGACGUGGGACGGGCGUACGCGCUGGCUUUAUCGCGUGAUGGAGUGUCGAGCGCGUCUUUGACGACGCGAUCGAGGUCGGGAGAGGAUGAGAGCUCGGCGGGAGAGUUGACGAGCGCGCGAUGCGUGUGCUUGGUGGAUGAAAACGGUCAGCGGACGAUGCGGACGUCGCUGGGGGCGAGCGCGACGACGACGGUGGAUGAUUUACCGAUCGAGGAGUUACGGAGGGCGGACGUGUUGCACGCGGAGGGCUACGCGCUGUAUAGACCAGAUGUGUUACGACGCGCGUGCGAGGUGGCCAAGACGAAUGGAGCGCUGGUGAGCUUGGAUUUAGCCUCGUUCGAGGUCGUUCGCGGAUGUCGCGCGGCGCUUCGGGAGAUAUUGGAGUCGGGAAUGAUUGACGUGGUGUUCUGCAAUGAGGACGAGGCGAGAGAGCUGGUGAGUGCGAGCGGGAUCGUGGAGAACGGGCGCGACGUCGAGCGGCCGGACGCGGAGACGGAGACGGCGGCGCUCGAGUGGUUGUUGCGUCACGUUAAGGUGGCGACGUGCUCACGCGGGAAGCGCGGGUGCGUAUCGAUGAACGCCGAGGGUGCGCGCGCGGAGUCUCUAGCCGAGGGCGUGGUCGCGAUUGAUACCACGGGCGCCGGCGAUACGUUUACGAGCGGGUUCUUGUACGCGUACCUCGUUGGCGGGUCGCUUCAGCAGUGCAGCGACGCAGGGUGCGCCGCGGGCGCGGAAGUGGUGCAGAUUCGGGGGGCGGCGAUGGAUGUCGAUCGAUGGAACCGCGUGCGCGAGAAAGUAGCGACAAUCUUGUCGGAGUGA